AAAAAUCAAAUUUAUUUCAGUACACAACCAAAUUGUAAUUUCUUAAUAAGUACAAUGAUAUUCAGAUUCUAUUUUACAUGGAUGUCCAUGUUAUAAACUGUGUUCCUUCAGUGAUGACCACAUUUAAAUUGAAUGGAUAAACUUGGGGAAUUUAGACCUCCUGACCUGGACAUAAAUGUAUCUGGCAUGAUCUCAAUAAACACUGUUAUUCAUGUGUACAAAGUGAUUAUCAAAGACUGGUUUAAAGGAAGCCGGAAGAUUAAAAUUUCAAGUAGCUUUUAAAUGUGAAAGGAUGCGGAAGAACUGUGUAGAUGCUUUAGGCAAGUGGAUACAACGGGUAUAUUGUUAAAGUGCAAAUGAAUAUUCUUUGUUUAUGCAUUUAGUGCGCAGUUUUUGGAUUUAUUUGAUUUUAAUCUGUGAAGAAUUCCUGCAAAUAUGAAGACCUCCCUGUCACAUUUGUCAAUCUGUCUGGUGCUGAUAGUCAUGUCCUCCCUGAUAUUGGAAGCAGACACAAAUACAGAAGCAACAACAGCAGCAAUAACAGAUACAAUCCAGACUUCAACAACAACAACAGCAGCAACAACAACAGAAGAAACAACAACAACAGCACCAUCAACAACAACAACAGCAGCAGCAGCAACAACAGAACUGAGAGCAGCAACAACAGAACCUACAACAGCAGCAACAACAGAACCAACAACAGCAGCAACAACAGAACCAACAACAGCAGCAACAACACAAAUAACAACAUCAAUAACAACAACACUAACAACAGAAGCAACAACAACAACAACAACAACAACAACAGACACCUCAUCAGUGCUGACAACAGCAGCAACAGAAACAAAUCAGAAUACAACUUUGCUGUCAACAACAACAGCUGUAGAAACACCUCCACCGACAGAAGCAACAACUGCACCACCAACAACAGCAUCACCAGUAACAACAACAGAACCAUCAACAAAACUAUCACUUACAACAAUAGCGUUAACAACAACAUUACCACAAACAAUAGUUUUACCAACAACAGAAACACCUACAACAUUGCUAACAACAACAGCUUCAUCUGAUACUUCACCUGUAACAACAACUUCAACACCAACGGCAGUAACUUCUGUAGUGUCAACAAGUUCACCAACUAUCACUUCGGUAACUGUAGCUUCAUCAACAUCUGAAAUUUUAUCACCCACAACUGAACCUGUAUCUUCAACCACCACACAAGACUUCAGCACAACUGUAUCAUUAGUGAUCUCUUCUACAGAAGUAUCUUCCACCACUGUUUCAAGUUCUUCCAGUUAUUCAAUAUCUGCUUCCGAUGCAUCAUCUACUGCUUCCAGUGCUUCUACGUCCGUUACUUAUGCAUCAAGUACUGCUCUUAAUGCAUCAACACCUUUAACUGAUGCGUCAACAACUUCUUCCGAUGCAUCAAUUCCUGUUUCCUAUACAUCAGGCGCUGUUCAAGAUACGUCAAUGCCAGCUUCCAAUACACCUAUUGAUAGUCAAAACACAGCAACUUCGACGCAAACUGUAAAAACUACUAUAUUAAACGAAGAGAUACAAAAUUUGAAGGAUGAAAUUUCAGACUUAAAAAAGGAGAAGCAGACCAAUCUCAUUAUUGUCAUCGUGCUGGCAGUAGUUCUUGGUCUUUUAAUCGUGGUGUCUUCAAUUUACUGUUUUCUUAAAAGGCGCAGAAGACCAAAGGCCUUUCGAGACCUCAUUGAUGGGGAUUUAGAAAAUCCGACAUUUCGACGCGAGAAGAUCCACUUCCAGCAUUCCUCAGAUCCAACACACGUGUUUGUGUCAGGACGCGAGAGUAAAGCCUCGCUGAGCGAUAUCGGCUUGGACAAUACUACGACCACUUUCCGUGCAAAAAAAGAGAAGAAGUUUUGACUUGUUUGUAAUCAGUUAGUGUUUUGUUAUGUUAUAAACAAUAAUGUGGUUACAUGUGUAAUUGUAUUCUGGUCACAGUACAUUUUUUGUUGUUUUUUCCCUUUUGAGUUCACUAUUUUUAGACUCAUAUCUAUAAUUGUUAGCGUGUUUUAUUAAAAAAGAUGAUGAUCUUUUUGAAAAAAUCUUAAAUUUUUGCAUAGCAUAUCGGUGUUGUUUGUUUUACGAACAAUCAUAAAGGUACCAUUUUCAUUAAUGCUUAUUUAUACUUUAAAAGGUAUUGUUUUUGAACAUGUAUUAAAGUCGCCGUUGAUUUUCCGAUUGAUAAUAAGAUAAAAUAUCACACUAUAACACGUUGUAUUUUCACUUAUAUAUAUUUUUAGUCUGUAUCCAUGCUAUAAACAAAGAAGUUGCAUAUUCAAUAUGUUAAUUAAUAAUUAGUCUGUAUCCAUGCUAUAAACAAAGAAGUUGCAUAUACAAUAUGUUAAUUAAUAAAAUUCUUUUUUUAGAUAAUACAUGUCAUUAAGCUUCAUUACGAUAGUUCUUUAUUAAUAUUUCAAAUUCUGUGUUUAUCAGUACAUUAAUUAAUUAUGUUCUAUGUUUUAUAUUAUGUUGUCUAAUUUUUAUUUUCAUACGUAUAUUUUUACCAGCAUGCUUUGCAAUCAUGUGCGGCUUCAUUGACAUAUUUGUUAUAGAUAUAUUGCUGUAAACCUGUUUGUUGGUAAGUCGGUUGGAUUGUUGGGCAAUCUUUUCGUAAGGUAGGAUUGUUGGGCAAUAUUUUGGUAAGGUAGGAUUGUUAGCGUGGCUGUUGUCGGAGAAAACCAGAGCUAUUCUCAUAGCAAUCUCGUCCUGUCGUCCGCUGUAGGCAUUCUAAAACCUUUACAUUGACUCUAAAAUCAAAGUGCUUCCACCUACAACUUUGAAACUUCAUAUGUAGAUGCACCUUGAUGAGUUCUACAUGCCACACCCAUUUUGAGUCACUAGGUCAAAGGUCAAGGUCACUGUGACCUCUAAAAAAAAAAAAAAUCUGACAAGCUUUCGCAGCUGAGCGUGGCACCCGUUAUGUGGGAUUGUUGGGCAAUCUUUUUAUGUCCCCCACUAUAGUAGUGGGGGACAUAUUGUUUUUGCCCUGUCCGUUGGUUGGUCUGUUGGUCUGUUGGUUGGUCUGUUUGCGCCAACUUUAACAUUUUGCAAUAACUUUUGCUAUAUUGAAUAUAGCAACUUGAUAUUUGGCAUGCAUGUGUAUCUCAUGGAGCUGCACAUUUUGAGUGGUGAAAGGUCAAGGUCAAGGUCAUCCUUCAAGGUCAGAGGUCAAAUAUAUGUGGCCAAAAUCGCUCAUUUUAUGAAUACUUUUGCAAUAUUGAAGAUAGCAACUUGAUAUUUGGCAUGCAUUUGUAUCUCAUGGAGCUGCACAUUAUGAGUGGUGAAAGGUCAAGGUCAUCCUUCAAGGUCAGAGGUCAAAUAUAUGUGGCCCAAAUCACUUAUUUUAUAAAUACUUUUGCAAUAUUGAAGAUAGCAACUUGAUAUUUGGCAUGCAUGUGCAUCUCAUGGAGCUGCACAUUUUGAGUGGUGAAAGGUCAAGGUCAUCCUUCAAGGUCAGAGGUCAAAUAUCUGUGGCCCAAAUCGCUUAUUUUAUGAAUACUUUUGCAAUAUUGAAUAUAGCAACUUGAUAUUUGGCAUGCAUGUGUAUCUCAUGGAGCUGCACAUUUUGAGUGGUGAAAGGUCAAGGUCAUCCGUCACAAGGUCAAGGCCAUCCUUCAAGGUCAAACGUCAUAUAGGGGGACAUUGUGUUUCACAAACGCAUCUUGUUGUAAGGUAAGAUUGUUGGGCAAUCUUUUUAUAAAGGUAGGAUUGUUGGGCAAUCUUUUUGCGAGGUAGUAUUGUUGGGCAAUCAUUUUGUAAGGUAGGAUUGUUGGCAAUCUUUUUGCAAGGUAGUAUUGUUGGGCAAUCUUUUUGUAAGGUAGGAUUGUUGGGCAAUCUUUUUUGUAAGGUAGGAUUGUUGGGCAAUCUUUUUGUAAGGUAGGAUUGUUGGGCAAUCUUUUUGCAAGGUAGUAUUGUUGGGCAAUUUUUUUGUAAGGUAGGAUUGUUGGGCAAUCUUUUUGUAAGGUAGGAUUGUUGGGCAAUCUUUUUGCAAGGUUUGAUUGUUGGGCAAUCUUUUUGUAAGGAAGGAUUGUAGGGCAAUCUAUUUGUAAGGUAGAAUUGUUGGGCAAACCUUUUUGUUUCCAGAUGAUAUCAAGAGAGUGACUUAAUUUAGGUAUGCUAUUUACUUGGGAUGAAAGGAAAAUGUCUUGUGAUUUUGAAUCAACAGGUCAAAGGUCAAGGCAACAGAGGUUGAUAGAAUGAAAUCCAGUUCCGCGAAAUAUCACUAAAAUUGUAAUACUGGUUACUUUGAAGAGAGGAGGACACUUUCAGAUUUUGAGGUCAAAGGGUAAGGUCACAGGGGCUUGUAACAAGAAACUGGAAACUUUCCACACAAUACCUACACAACAAUUUGACCUGUGAUCACCCAGAUUGUUAUUCUAAUGACUUGGAAAGUAAAAAAGACAAGGGCAAGACCGAGUGACUGGACACAUGGAAAGUAUUUCUGUAGGCUUUGUUAUGUGACAUCUAGUUAUAUUUAGGUCAAGAGUCAAGGUGACAAAGGCUUGAAACAUGCAAUGUGUUUGUUCUAUAAUCACCCAGAAUGCUAUGCUGGUUACUUUGGAUGAAAGUAAGACACCAUGAUUUGGAGGUCAAUAUUAAAGGUCACAGGGGCAUGAAGUUAUACACAAGUCUUAAAACAAUGCGUUGAUAUUUCAACCUGGUUGCAAGUAUAGUAUUAUUCUUAUUUUCAAACAUCUCAUUUUUGCUCACCUGAGCACAACAUGCAUCUCUUUGAGAAUCUUUCAUGUAUUACUUCAUUAACUUUCAUAUCAUGCAUUAUCUUCAUAUUUUAAUGAUGAUCAGACUUAUUGUCAUGUUCUGAAUGUUCCCAUGUGUUAUUCUUGAUAUUUUAAUACUUUGUGUACUUGAUUUUUCUAUAAAUACAAAUUCAAUAAAUUUUAAUGCCUCUAA